GCUGAGCGCACAUACAGGGGUAUAGCACAGCGCAGCGGAUCUCUGAUUGAGGGGGAAGACAUUAAAGUUUCCCGUCACGCGGCGGCCGCCGCUGAUUGGCUGAGACGCGCCUCCCUGCACCGGGGAGAACACGCGCAUCACACACACACAGGGACCGACAGCAGCGAGUGGAUGACAGCGGAUGUGAGACUUCCUGCCGCUACUUCGUGGGGCUCUUUCUAAUCCCUCCCUGAGUGACCACCGCCCAGGCCUGACAAUGUACCGAGCGGCCAGCAGCUGAACCCUGGCAUGGAAGAAAAUUGAAGAUUUGUGCCUGUACCUGGAUUGAUAUGGCAAACCCCAUCCAGUGGGCACGUCAGCGAUGGCAGCAGGUUGUACCCUCCGAUAGUAGCAGCAAUGAGAUCACAGAAGGAUCCGCGUUGUUACGGUACUUCCUCACAUUUGGCAGAAACUAUAGGAGAGACAGAUUCUCUACUAAACACAGGAUCAUUGUCCCAUGUUUGGAUCAGUUUAAGGAAGAGUAUGAGAUGCUUACCAAAGGCUACAAGAACAACAAGAUAUGCACAACCAAAUACACGUUGCUCAACUUCAUUCCAAGGAACCUAUUCGAACAGUUUCACAGAGCAGCCAAUUUGUACUUUCUCUUUCUGGUGUUUCUGAACUGGGUCCCACUGGUUGAAGCUUUCCAGAAGGAAAUCGCAAUGCUCCCCCUUGUGGCCGUUCUGACUAUCAUUGCUAUAAAAGAUGGUCUAGAAGACUACAGGAAAUACAAACUUGACAAGGUCAUCAACCAUAUAUUGACUCAGGUAUAUUGUAGGAAGGAAAAGAAAUAUAUUGAGUGCUUCUGGAAAGAUGUUAAGGUGGGGAAUUUCAUUAAGCUCCGCUGUGAUGAGAUUAUCCCUGCCGAUAUGGUCCUGCUGCAUUCCUCGGACCCUGAUGGGAUUUGUCACAUUGAAACUUCUAGCCUUGAUGGGGAAACCAACUUGAAGCAAAGACAGGUGGCCAAAGGAUACAGCAUGGAUUAUGACUUUGAGCCUGAAAAGUUUUCAAGCCGGAUCCAGUGUGAGACUCCAAAUAGUGAUAUCGGCAGAUUCAAGGGCUUCCUAGCUCAUCCAGAAGAGGAGAAAGUCGGUCUCGGGAAACACAAUUUGCUAUUGAGAGGCUGCAUUGUGCGGAAUACAGAAACCAUCAUUGGCAUUGUCGCAUACGCAGGACAUGAGACCAAGACGAUGCUGAACAACAACGGUCCCCGAUACAAGCGAAGCAGAUUGGAAAGGAGGCUGAACUCUGAUAUAUUGUGGUGUGUCCUGCUCUUACUGACUAUGUGCUUGGUUGGAGCCAUGGGACACGGAUUUUGGCUGACUGGUUUCUCUGAAGCACCUGUUUUUAGCGUGCCGGAACCGAGUGGAGAGCACACCCCCCCAGCUUUGGCUGCCUUCUAUAUGUUUUGGACGAUGAUAAUCCUCCUUCAGGUGCUAAUUCCUAUCUCGCUCUACGUCUCCAUUGAGAUAGUUAAGCUGGGGCAGGUCUACUUUAUCCAGAAUGACCGGGAUUUUUAUUGUGAGAAUUCCGACUCGCUCGUAGAAUGCAGAGCGUUGAAUAUCGCUGAAGACCUGGGUCAGGUGCAGUACAUUUUCUCUGACAAAACGGGCACUCUGACUGAGAACAAGAUGGUGUUCCGGAGGUGCAGCAUUGCAGGGGUGGAAUACUCCCAUAUAGACAAUGCCAAGAGACUGGAUUCCUAUCAGGAAUCUGAUCUGCAUUCCGAUGACAUAUUGGAUACUUUCUGCUUCUCUAGAAGUGACACUUAUAAGCCCAAGAGUCACAGUCCUAAGUUGCUGAGGAGCGGGCCAAGCAACAAGUCUUUGAACAAGCUGUGUGCAAGUGGUCUAGAGCUGCAAGGAGAAGGUGACGGGGCAAGCUCUCCUCCACCACACCAGAGGCACAUUGCAUUCAGCAGUCCUAUGGAGAAGGAUGUGAUGCCAGACCCUAGAUUGCUGAGGAAGUUUUACCAGAUCACUCCUCAUUGUCUGUACCUGUCCAGUCAAGUUGAGGAGGCUGCACUGGAGAUCUCGUACAUUGUUGAUUUCUUCCUUGCGUUGGCCAUCUGUAACACUGUAGUGGUCUCCUUGCCUAAUCAGCCACGCCAGAAGGUAAGAAUGCCAUCCCUAAUUAAAUCUCCUAUGAAAUCCCUGGAGGAAAUCAAGCAGAUGUUUCAGAAGUUCUCUGUCCGUAAGCUGAGCUCCACUUCGCUCUUAAGUGGAAAAGAUUCAAGUUCAGAAACACCCAACAACUUUGUGAGCAAGCUGCCAUUUUUCAGCAGAGUGAAGCUGGCUUCUCCUGCGGAAGGUGACCAGAUCCUGGAGGUUAGUUUAGACUCUACAAAGGAAAUACAGCUUGAGAGCUUGGAGAACUCAGACCUUGCCUGUCCCAAUGGUGCAAAUGCCAAGCCGACUCGGUGCGAGCUGUACUAUGAAGCGGAGUCUCCGGAUGAAGCUGCCCUGGUUCAUGCUGCCAGAGCUUACAGAUGUACUCUUCAGUCCCGGACUCCUGACCAGGUCACAGUGGAGCUCGGUGUUCUUGGGCCCAUAACAUUUCAACUGCUGCACAUUCUGCCGUUUGACUCUGUCAGAAAACGGAUGUCUGUUGUAGUGCGCCACCCGAUAUCCAAUAAGGUGGUGGUUUACACAAAGGGUGCAGACUCUGUUAUAAUGGAUCUCCUGUCUGUGACGUCUGGCGAUAACAAAACAGAAAUGCUUCAGACUGAUAUCCGGAUGUUAACACAGAAACAUUUAGAUAAAUAUGCUAAAUGUGGACUCCGCACUCUCUGUAUUGCCAAGAAGGUAAUGACCGACUCGGAGUAUGCAGAUUGGCUGCAGUCCCACUUUUUAGCAGAAACUAGCAUUGAUCACAGAGAUGAGCUCUUGUACAACUCUGCUCUUAGACUGGAAACCAAUUUAACUCUGCUUGGCGCCACUGGAAUAGAGGAUCGCCUGCAGGAAGGUGUUCCAGAAACAAUAGAGUCCUUAAGAAAAGCUGGUAUUAAAAUCUGGAUGCUGACUGGGGAUAAGGAAGAGACUGCAGUCAACAUUGCCUAUGCUUGCAAGCUGCUGGAAUAUAGUGACAAGAUCUUCACCCUAAGCAGACAAAACAAUGAAACUACUUGCGAGGUUUUCAUGAAUCACGUUAUUGAUGAAAUUGAGAGAAACAUUUUGACAAAUAGUCCUCGGAAACUGGGAGAGCAGCUGCAGAAUUCCCGUUGUGAGAAGGAAAAGCUGCAUUUUGCUUUAAUAAUAGAUGGGAAGAGCCUGGAAUUUGCGCUGCACGAAGCUCUGCAGAAAAGGUUCCUGUACCUGACAAGGCAGUGCAGAACGGUCAUAUGCUGCAGAGCUACCCCACUACAGAAAAGCCAAGUGGUCAAACUGGUCCGCAGUAACCUGCGAGUAAUGACUCUAGCCAUUGGUGACGGAGCCAAUGAUGUGAGCAUGAUUCAAGUGGCUGAUGUUGGCGUGGGCAUUUCUGGCCAGGAGGGCAUGCAGGCAGUAAUGUCCAGCGACUUUGCAGUCUCCCACUUCAAGCAUCUGAGGAAGUUACUGCUUGUCCAUGGUCACUGGUGUUACACCCGCCUUACCAACAUGAUACUGUACUUUUUCUAUAAGAAUGUGAUGUUUGUUACCCUCUUGUUCUGGUACCAGUUCUUCUGCGGAUUCUCAGGAACUUCAAUGACAGAUUUUUGGAUGUUAAUUUUGUUCAAUCUGCUUUUUACAUCCGUGCCACCUAUAAUCUACGGCGUCCUUGAUAAAGAUGUGUCUGCAGACACUCUCCUUGUGCUUCCAGAGCUGUACAAAUCUGGGCAGACAUCAGAGGCUUACUGUUCAUCAACCUUCUGGGUCACCAUACUGGAUGCCUUCUAUCAGAGUAUGGCCUGCUUCUUCAUCCCUUACUUUACCUACCUUGGCUCUGAAAUGGAUAUCUAUUCCUUUGGAACCUUCAUAAUAACAUCAACACUUUUUGUGGUUUUGCUACAUCUUCUAAUUGAAAGUAAGAGCAUGACUUGGAUUCAUUGGACGGUGAUGGGUCUUAGUAUUAGUACGUAUUUUAUAUUCUCCUUGGCCCUUGGAGCCGCAUGUGUGAAAUGCAUCCCACCCGCCAACCCGUACUGGCUGUUACAGACUCAUAUGGCUGACCCAAUGUUCUACCUCGUGUGUGUCAUGUCCGUAGUUGUUGCACUCCUGCCAAGGUAUGUCUACCGAGUAUUUCAAGGAUCAGUGUUUCCCACUCCGCAGCAUAGAGCUAAGCAACUGGAUGUGAUGAAACCUGAAGCACGCUCGCAUGCAAUUGAAGACUGGAUAAAGGAUGAUAAUACCUCAUUCCAUGCAGUGCCAGCAGAGGGCAGCAUACCAACAAGGGAAGAUUUAGAGACUGAUUGUAUGCUGUCUGCAAGGGAAUUUCAACAUGCCAGCCAGGAUGUGCGAUAGCAGCAUCUUGUAAUGCUGGGGAUAUAAAGGCACUAAUACUCUGUUUCCCAUAUGCUGUCACAAUCAACUUUCAGUGUUUUUAUUUAAGGGAUAACUAAAUGAAAAAAAGAGAAGUGUUGCAUUUCAUUCCUGGUGCUAGACUGCAGACCUCUGGAGAGAUGAGUGGCUCCUAUCAGACACGUAAGAGAAUCAUCAUCUCUACACAAACAUUUUCCCAAAGCCUUCAGUGGGAAAAAAAGGAGCCAACUGUGACUUGGUGAAGGAAAGAGGCCUCCUCUGGUCAGGUCUUGACUUAUCCGCUUUCUGAUACAUUUUUGUUUUGUUACAUCUUGCAUGUUUCCAAUGUGUUUUGGACAUAUAAAAAAUCUGGAUGAUAUGGUCACCUGGGAAUACUUGGAUAUUUGGCAGGAAUUAAAGAUUCUUACAUUUUCUAGGCGAGUAUUGGUAGUAGGUUUACUACUUGUCAAUUUGUCAAAGCUACUGAUUGGUGGUUUUGACCAAUGGAUUUACAGUGGCAACAAAAAUAUUUAUGUUGCAUAAAAUCAAUCGGUCAAAGCCAUGGAUUCUCAUUGACUGCUUUGGUAAACUGCGGGUUAGUUAAUCUACCCCUUAGUGUUGGUCCUAGAACGCUGGCUUGACAAGUCUUACUUAGCCCAGGAUAACGAUGCAUUAUUGCCAAACUCCCUCUACACAAACUAGGAUAUAACUAAUACUGUACAUUAUCCCCAUAUCUAGGUGUAAUGUAGUAAAAAUCACCCUGAAAUAGCUCAGGUCUGUUAUUUCAGCAUGACUGACUGGCUUUCCCCAGCUAAUUGUGAAAAUCUCUCUAAUUGACAUUAGGCGUAAUGUACAAGUUGAAUGUCUUGAUGAAUGUUCAGUUUUUGCAUAUUUCAUCUCUAUGAACUUUUCUUGUGUCCUUCAAAGGUAUUAAGUUUGAAAAGCUUUAGAAUUAGUGCCUUUAAAAAAUGAAGACUCAAUAUUUUUCCAUGAACACUAGCUAUAUUCUAUAUUAUAAAAGCCAAAUCUGCUCCUCACCUCUGUAAUGAGCGCUGCCAGCCACUAGAGGCCGCCAUACGGACCAAAUAAUUCCUUUGUGUGCUGGAAGCUGUCACAGCUCAAAGUAGGGAUGGUGAGUAGGGGCCGCAAUCCUAAUAUAAUCCGGACCUGGUGUCCGUCAUUUUUAUGGGAUUUUAACUAGAAUACAUAUAUUAGUGUACCAACAUAUUACUUGGACAGUUGCUGUUCUACUUGUUGCAUGAAAAAUUUAUGGAUGGCAACUCAAUAUGCUAUUUCCUUGAGGAUUCACUACACCAGCAAAAGCUGACCGUUAUCGACAUGUUAAGCAGGAGAUUUAGGGGUCUAUUUACUAAGCCUUGGAUGGAGAUAAAGUGGACGAAGUUAAAGUACCAGCUAAUCAGCUCCUGUCAUGUUACAGGUUGGAUUUGAAAAUGGAGCUGAUUGGCUGGUACUUUAUCUCCAUCCAGUUUAUCUCCAUCCAAGGCUUAGUAAAUAGACCAACAGUUAACACUAUUCAAAGCAAAAUACACUGAUUGCUUAGGACUUUUUUCCCCUAGGUAUUGGGCUUCCUAUUUCAGAUAUCUACAAAGCUGGAAAUAAUUGAUUCUGUGAACAAAUGCCAACUUAUUUUCAGCCACCCCAAAAAAAACGUGGAUAUUGAUAAUUCAUACAUUAUUGUAUACAUGAUCAUUGAAAGAAGUGCCAUCAUUUUGAGCAGAAUGCGUAACUUUAGCAUGUUCUGCACAUGACACUUGACUCUAGUUUUACAGGGAACCGCUUGUCUCAAACAUAUAAAGUAGACAACAGGAAACUAGUGGCUUCUGAUCGCCUUGAUUAGAACAAUAAAGGAAUACAGUCCAAUAGUGGCAGUGCUUCUUUUGACUAAUACUUUGGAACCAUCUAUUUAUUUGAACUUAGUAACUGUUUUGUGGUUACCCUUAGAAGAACGCAUGCUUUGUGUAACCAUAAAAAUGCAAAAUCCAGAUAUGACUGGAAUACCACAAACAUUUAUUUUAGGUACCGCUUUUUAUUAUUUUUUUAUAUUAAAUUCUGAAAGGAACCUGCAAGCGGGAGUGAUACUCAAUGCCAGUGGUCACAUGAUAGACAGCGGCAUCCUGACUUUUAGAAUGCCAAUCGGGGACAGGGUAACUAAUUUACCCCUCCCAUGUCCCCUGCCCUAACCCGCCUGAGGUGGCGGCUAGAGCGAAGAUAGUGGGGGUGGCGGCUACGGCUUAUCACCCCUCUAGUGCCUAACCCUAUCCCCCACUCAGGGCCCUAACUAUAACCUUCCCCUCAAUACUUACCCUCAGGAUGUCUGUGUUCCAGCACCGGGAUUUUGUGUGGUGUCAGGAUUCCGGCGUUGGUCACAUGACUGCCGGCAUCCAGACCGCUGGGAUGCUGACCGCAUCCCCUGCACGCAGCCCCUCAGAAAUAGCUUUAAAGUAUGAAAUAUUUUGUACCCAGCUGCAAAUACUAUACAGAUAAUGGCUCUAUUCAUAACAUUGUGACUUUUUGAAGACGUCUAUUAAUUUUGUCUCCCUUUCAGGUCAGUAGGCCCUUAAUGCACUUUGGUUAUGUUCUACUGUAAUGCCAAUACAAGCUCAGUAUUAAUAGGGUUUUUGUUUUUUAUAAAAUAUUUUACCAGAAUUUGGCUAUAAUUUUUCAUGUCUAACGUUUUAGAAGAUGCGUAAAUAUAUAUGUGAAAGUCCCUGAGUCCUGUCGGAACUUAAAGACUCCUCCACCUUUAUUGGAGCUUUGGGUAACUAAGUAUGACCCCAUGCACUGGAAAUAAUUACCCAAUGUCAGUAUUCUGCUCAGCGCUCUAAGACUGAGGCCCGUCCAUAGGUUUGCAGUAGGGCUCUGUGGGUGAGUAUAAGAACUGUGGACGGCUUUGCAGCAUGUUGGUAUCUGUCGCUGCAGGGCCCACCGGAACGAGAUGUGGGAUUGAGAGAGCAAUGUAUCUGUAAUCCCCCCCCCCCUAUUGAUUUUGUCUCUAUUUGGCUGCUACAGUACAUUAACGGAAAAGGGCUUAACGUGGUCCUCAAUCAUUUUUUUUCUUUGACGUUUUAAAAGCAUUUUAUACAAGAGCUGUGCUCAGGGUUCUCUAUUUAAUCUAUGCAUCUAGCACCUUUAUGGGGUCAAAUGAACUACACAGUUAUGGUUGCUGGGACCUGUGAUGGCAUGUAUGUAUUUCCUUGGAACUGCUGCCUGUAUUAGAAAAUGUAUGCCUAGUAGUAACAGCCCCUCCCUGUGCAGAGUAUUUCAGCAUGCAGCCAUGAGCCAGAACAAUGCAGACUCCGUGCACCUUAAGUAUUCUUACCGUGUUUUUUAAAGCAAAUGUUUUUAUGCAUUCUGUUUACAUGUAACUACUUGUAUAUAUUAGAUAUAUUGCUGGCAAAUACAAAUAAAGAAAAUUGCUGUAA